AACAGGUAAUGGAGGUGAUGGAGCUACAGAGUGCAGCAGGAGGAGGGGCCAACCUGCUGAUGUUCUGCAAGGAGGAGGAGGAGGUGGUGGAGAGAGAGGAAGAUGAGGAGGAGGAGGAAGAGGAGGUGGAGAGAGAGGAAGAAGAUCAGGAGGAGGAGGAGGAAGCUCUGGUUUCUGCAGAGGAGGAAACGGACCUCCCACCAGUCAGGACCCUGUCCAUCCCGGGUCACCCAGACCAGAGCCCCCCCCCACACCUCAACACACUGAAGUCCUCAGGUGCUCCUCUGGGCUUCAAGCUGAAUGGCCGCCUGCUGACUGGAGGCGGUGCUGCAGAGCUGAAGCUGAGUGCUCAUCCCGUAGGGUCAGCCAGCGGGUUCACUAAAGUCCAGAUCCACGAGCCUGCAGUCCAGACUUCCACCCCCGUCAUCACAGGUGUGGUCUCAGGUGAAGCAGCUCACAAGGUUCUGAGCAUCUGCAAGUCUAGCCCCCCGCCCUCCUCUCCGUGGACCCGGGGGCCCCCGCAGACCCCCGAGCCGCCCGGUUCCCCCAGCGGCAGCAGACCUCCUCACAAACUGCAGGUCAAAGGUCCGCUUGGCCCCGCCUCCCCUCCCAACUGUCUGGUCUGCAGGUCUCGGUACAAACUGGUCACGGCGCUCAGAGGGUUCAUGUGUCUGUGCAGCCCUGCGAUCGCUCAGAGUCUGAAGAACCUGAAGAAGAAGAAGAAGAAACCCCUGAGGAGGAGCAGAGGCCAGAAGAAGACCCCCAGAGACCCCCAGACCUACAGCAAGGUGUCCAGGACUCGACCGGGACCCCCUGCUAGGACCCACGGACCGCCUGAGGACUUCCUGUCCGCCCGGCUCCCCAGCCCGAGCCCCCCCCCCUCCUCUACCUGCAGCCCCCCGGCCCCCGCCCCCCCCCACGGGAAACUGGUGAUCAUGGUGGAGGACUUUUACUACGGCCGCGCCUCGGAACCGAGCGUUCGCCCCGAGGUCCUGGACCACAGGUUUACUGGACCGUACCGCUGCAUCCACUGUGAGGUCACCCUGAGCAACAACAUCCAGCUGAUGGCCCACAUGCAGCAGCACUCCCAGGAGGGCGAAGCCUCUCGCUGUCCUCAGUGUUUCCGUCACUUCCUGUCUCCAGUCAGGCUGCAGGCUCACAUCAAGGCGGUGCACAGCCAGCACCUGUCCACAGCAAAGUGUAAAAUCUGUGAGCUGCAGUUUGUGGAUGAAGCAGCGUUCCUGUUGCACAUGAAGAGCUCGCACAAGCCGGGAGAGAUGCCCUACAGCUGCCAGGUGUGUAACUUCCACUCGUCCUUCUACUCAGACGUCUGGUCUCACUUUCAUCAGUUUCACUCCAACACUAAAAACCUGCUGUGUCAGUUCUGCCUGAGAGUGAUGCGGAGCAACACCUGCUACCAGCAGCACUUCACCAGACACCAGAAGCACAUGUUCGGCUGUGAUAAGUGUCGUCUCCACUUCUUGUGCAUCAAAGAACGUAUUGAACACAAAGUGAAACACAGAACUCACGUCAGACCUCCACAACUCAUCGGACUGAAGCCUGGAACCACGGUGACCGUGAGGACGUAUUCUGUGGACGGAGGACGAGACGGAGAAGACCUGAAGCCGCUCAAGGUCUGUUCCUGUUACACACAGAAUCUGCUGCUGGCCCUCAGUCAGGAGAGUGUCUCUCGCCCCCCUCAGCGGUGUCUCGAGUGCCUGUCCCUCUUCCAGGACUUCCAGGUGCACUUCCCGUCUCUGGUGCUCUGCUCGCUGUGCAACUUCAUCACCUGCUGCUCCACCAGCUACGCCAACCACAUGAUCAACAACCAUUCCACCUGCAGGAGGACCCCCCCGUACCUCACCAUCUUCAGGUCGCAGGCCAGGGGGGCUCAGAGCUUGAGGUGUGUGUCGUGCACCUUUACGACCUGCAGAGGAGACGCGAUGGCCGAUCACCUGAUGAAGAGAAAAGAUCAUCAGUGCAUCAUUUUGAAACACAACGAGUUGCGUGUUGACGGAGAGAACCAACAACCAUCUCUCAGUGUGACAUCACUCGUAGGUCAUGGAGGCGGAGCCUUUAUCCCCAUCCACCUCCUCCCCUCCGGUCAGACCGGAGCCCUGCUGUCAGUCACACACAUCAGCUCCCCCCCGCCCCUCUCCUCCCCCCCCGCCAUGACCAUCAAGAUCCUGGGGCCCCGCCCACAACCGGAGCAGGCCUCGGCCCUGACGGCCGCCCAGCUCUCGGUGGUCCUCUUCUCUCUGUGCCACGGCCUCCCCCCGGCCUGCUGCCGGUUCCGGCUGAGCCACCAGACGAUCCGCUCGUGGACCCGGCAGCGGGAGCGCCGGCUGGCGGGCAGGAAGUGGAUCUGGAGGACGGAGAAGCUGGAGGAGUGGGUCCUGAUCCAGCACGAGCAGCAGCUGAGUCCCAGCAGAGCCUUCCUGCUGCGCUCGGCCAGGAGCGCUCUGGGCCAGCGGCGCCCCCUGCUGGACUGUUACGGCUGGAUCGUGGACUUCCUGCUCACGCACCAGCUCGGCCUGCAGCCCACCAGACACCACCGAAGAAGACUGCCGAAGACCAUCAGAGACACCAGCCGCCUGUUCAAGAGCUCGCUGGCCACACAGAGCCGAGCGGUUCCCCCUCACGGCGUGGGCUCCAUGGACGAGUUCUCCAUCUUCCUGGACCUGGACCAGUUCUCCCAGCAGAACCCUUCGGCCCUGCGGCUGUCCGGUUCUCCGGAGGACCUCCCCGUGUUUGACGUGGUCCUCUCCGCCCUGUCCGACGGGAGGCUCCUCCCCCCGCUGCUGUUCUUCAGAGGGGCGGAGUCACGCGUUCCCAACGGGUUCCCCGACAACGUUCUGCUGGCGGCUCGCCAGGAAGGGUUCUCCGACCCGGAGCGCCUCCGCGUCUGGACCGACCGGGUGUGGCGCCCCCUUGUGGCCUCGCGGGUUCAGGGCCCGACCGUGUUGAUGAUGGACGUCUACCGGGGUCACCUGGCAGACGAGUUCAGGGCCCGCUUGACCUCCAUGUCCACAGGCUCCGCCCUCUUCCCCCCCGGGAGCCGCCGCCUGCAGCCGCUGCACGUCUGUGUGACGCCGGUGCUCAGCGGCUUCCUGCAGGCCCGGUGGACUCAGCUGGUCUCUGGUGGGGGUCUGGGGGGUCUGGGGGGUCUGGACCAGCUGGCCCUGACGGUGGCCUGCUGGCUCAGUGAAGUGACCUCCACCGUGACCUCUGAGACGCACCUCCUCCGCAGGUCGUUCCUGUCGGUGUGUGAGCUGCAGGAGGAGGAGGAGGAGGAGGAGGAGGAGAGAACCUCAUCACAGCCCUGACGAAGGCUCUGGUCCAGCAGCCUGACUCCUCAGAACCACAGCUGGAGCUGCUGCUAGUGAUGGAGGAGGAGGAGGACCCUGAAGAGGUGAUAGAGGAGGAGUACCCUAAGGAGGAAGAGGAGGAGCACCCUGAAGUGAUGGAGGAGGAGGAGGAGGACCCUGAAGAGGUGAUGGAGGAGGAGCACCCUAAGGAGGAGGAGGAGCACCCUGAAGAGGUGAUGGAGGAGGACCCUAAGGAGGAAGAGGAGCACCCUUAGGAGGAAGAGGAGGAGCACCCUAAGGAGGAAGAGGAGGAGCACACUGAAGAGGUGAUGGCGGAGGACCCUAAGGAGGAAGAGGAGCACCCUUAGGAGGAAGAGGAGGAGCACCCUGAAGAGGUGAUGGCGGAGGACCCUAAGGAGGAAGAGGAGCACCCUUAGGAGGAAGAGGAGCACCCUGAAGAGGUGAUGGAGGAGCACAAACGUGUUUUAUUUGCUGACGUAAUGUGCAGCGAUGUAAAUACAGAGUCUUGUUGUUGACCUUUGACCUUUGGCCUGUAAAUAGAGUUUUCUGGAAAAUGAAUUGAGAUAUUUUACGGAAGAAUAAAGAUAGAGAUAUAGAA